AUGGCCCGUAGUAUUGCAGCCAAAAGGCCGAGAGUUUCAAAGUCUAAUCAAGAGAUUUGGACGUCAGAGUCGAUUUAUGAGACUGUGAAAGGUUCUCACGAGUAUAAGAUAAAAGGAUAUUCUCUAGCAAAGGGAAUGGGAGUUGGCAAGUCCAUGAGUAGUGGCAGAUUCACAGCUGCUGGUAAUGAUUGGGUUAUACUUUUUUAUCCAGACGGCUAUAAUCAAGCUAGCGAGGAGUACGUAUCCGUGUUCUUUAAGUUAGUAAGCUCUAGAGUAGUUAGGGCAUCGUUUGAAUUGAAACUACUGGACCAUAGCGGAAAAGGUAAAUAUGGUGAUCCUAGCUUGUCUAAAUCUCCACAUCCGGGAAGAACAGGAGCCACAUGGGGAUAUACCAAGUAUAAGAAAAGGUCGGUGUUGGAGACCUCAAGUUAUCUCAAGGAUGAUUGCCUUAGCAUUCAUUGUACAGUCGGAAUAGUGCAAACUCGUGCUGGAAAGGAGAAACGUUGUGUUAUUCAUGUACCUCUAUCAGAUAUGAUUCAGAAUCUCAAGGGUUUGCUGGAAUCUGAAAUUGGUUAUGAUAUUACUUUUCAGGCUGGCAAUGAGUUCUUCAGAGCCCAUAAGUUGAUCCUUGCAGCUCGAUCUCCUGUAUUUAAAGCUCAGUUUUUUGGACUAGUGGGUAACCCAUCCAUGGAUAGAGUAGUCAUUGAUGAAUUUGAUCCCUUUGCUUUUAAGGCCAUGUUACUAUUUUUAUACUCAGAUGAAUUUCCCAAAAUACAUGAACUUUCUGAUUCAGACUCUCCUUGCACUUCAACUAAAAUCGCGCAACAUCUGUUAGCUGCAGCAGAACGCUUUGGCCUUGCUCGAUUGAAACUCAUGUGUGAAGCAAAACUACAUAAACAUAUAACUACAAAUACUGUGGCAAAUACACUAGCCCUAGCAGAUCAACAUAAAUGCCAAGACCUGAAAACUGCCUGCCUAAACUUUGCAGCUAAACCCGAAAAUUUAGAAGAAGUUAUGAUGUCUGAUGGGUAUGCACAUUUGGAGAAGUACCAUCCUUCACUAUUGACAGAUCUAUUGAAGACUAGUGCAAUGGUAGAUAAAUAG